AUGGUGAGAACAAGAAAUCAAAGGCAAGAAAAAUUACCUCGGAGAAGAACCACCUCACAGUACGCCGGCACCGAAGUUCCAUCAAAUCCAGUAUGUAUCGAAGAAGAAGAAUCCACCACCAUCAUCAUGGACCCGGUCCCCAUCUCACAAGUACCAUUCGAGGAGAUACAAGAUCAUCAAAACCCUAACCCAGGUAAUCUUACAGUUGAAUUACACGGGGACAUCACAAUUAAUCUACCCACUAUGAAUGAAAUUGGGGAUAAUGCUAAUUGUCUCCAAGCUGAGGAAGAACGCCCUAUAAUUGGAAGUGUUGAAUCCUCAUCUCCACCUCCUCUAUCCGACAGAGAACAGAGAAAACGAAGAAGAUCUGACCCCUACGAAGGGGCAGAUCCUAGAGCAAAAAGGUCCAGUGACUUUCCAAUUUCUGCUAGACCCCCUCGAAGAAUCCCUAACAUACCUCCCCCAAGACAGACUACCUCUAAGAAACAAAAAGAAAAACCUACUGAAGAAGAACAAGAUUGGGUUCCCGAAAGAGAAGUCUCCGAUUGUGAUAAAGCCCAUCCAGAAAAGAGGAAAAAGAAAUUGUCUAUUAGAGAAAAAGGAAAACAGAAAGUAGUUAAUGAUGCUGACCUGUCAAAACUACCCAAGCCCUAUAGUCCAAAAUUCUUGUCUAAAGAAAAUUCCAAAACAUGGAAUAAAUUCUUGGAGAAAAAGAUCAUCAGUCAAAAGCUUCUAAUACUAGACAGGCUGGAAAAUUGUGAACAAAUCACUGAGGUUCUAACAAAAACCAAACUCUUAGGAUCAGUCAUCAAUAUUGACUCCUAUGAAGAACAGGCUGUCAAAGAAUUUUACUGUAAUCUCACCAAAGACACAUCAUCUCCCACCAACCCUAUGUACGGAAAAGCAUAUCUAAGAGGAAAAUUUUAUGAUUUCAAUCCAGAAAUCAUCAAUGCUCACCUAGGAACAACCAGUGAAGAACAAAAUAUUCAACUAGAAAGUGAACAGGUUAUUCAAGAACUUACAUCUGGAAACGUGAGUUUUGACAAAAAGAAAAUCAAGGCUGCCUCAUUAACGAGCAAGUAUGCUAUAUUACAAAAAAUUGCACUUGUGAAUUGGAUGCCCUCUCUACACGAAACAACAAUCAAAUGGAGUCUGGCAGAGCUCCUGUACAAAAUUGGAAAGGGAAUCAAGGUUAACAUUGGAAAUAUUGUGUAUUCACAAAUCACAAACUUGGCAGAAAGUAGUGAGUCAAAGGCUUCCCUCAUUUUCCCAAAUCUAAUCCACUCUAUCCUAUCCAAGCAAGGACUGAAAUCACAUGGACCAAAAACACAAGUCAAGACCAUAAACACAACCAUGAAACUGAAAAAGGGGAAUCACCAAAAUGAUCUCAAAGCCUCUUUUCCAACUGAUGAUCCAACUGACCAACAAACCUUGAUCAAGUACUUUGAGAAAAGGAUAAAAGAAUUGGAUGACUCAGAGAAACAGUUGUUACGAAAACACAUGAUUGAAAGCCCUAAAAACAGAAAGAAAUGA